AUGACAGAUUUAUCUAACCAGCAAAUUAGUUCUGUCAUUGCUGCAGUUAAGAAAGUAGUUAGCCUAUCUUCAGAAGUUUGCAUAUUCUGCAACUCAAUUAAGCUACUUUCUGAUCAAAUCGAAGCUUUUUUAAUCGAUUUUCAGAAUUCUUUUAACAAAAACCCUAACCUAAUACAAAAGAAAUACAUGCGCCAGCUUCAGGAGUUUUUAUUGCAUUACAGCUCCGUUUUAGGACAUCUUACAUCAGAAAAAUGGAUUCAGCCAGCACUGAACUGGCCAACAGACUACGUUUUCAAGUAUAUUGAAGGCUUGAGAACUAGUUUAAUAGCAUUAGCAAAGCAUAUAAACGUUCCUUUCGACAAAUUAGAAUCAAAUUCGGAUCAAAUAGAAGUCAAUAAGUUUAAUGACUUAACCGACAUGAAAGCUUCACUACAAAGAUUAAUGUCUCAAAUGGCAGUUAACGAUGUUGUUGGCAUUCAAAAGCAAAUUCAAAAUAAAAUCAUCGAAAUUGGACAAUUAGUACUUAAUUCCAAAAUAGAGCAUUCUCUUUCAAGUUCUCUACAAUCUAGCAAAGCACAAGAGAUGGACGAACGCGAUAUUUCGGAUUUAUUAGUAAGAUUUAAAUCAAUCAACAUUCCAAUAGACGAUUUACAGAUAGAAAACCAAAUUGGUGUUGGCGGAUUUGGUAAAGUAUACAGAGCCAUUCGAAUAUCAACCAGCGAAAUACUUGCAGUCAAAGAAUUACGAUCUGAUAGAAUAUCCACAAAUUCAUGGUCCUCUUUAUACGCCGAAGUCGAAACCAUGGCAUCAGUACACCAUAAGAAUGUAUUAGAACUCGUUGGAGCCCACAUAAACGAACCUUACAGAAUAAUCACGAGAUUUUGUCCCGGAAGAAGUUUAUUUGAUCGAUUACACCGUUCCACUCAUGAAUACAAGACUCUCACAGGUACAGAACUCACUAUCAUUGCACACCAAGUAGCUCAAGGCAUGUGCUAUCUCCACAAACUCGGAAUUGUCCACAGAGAUUUGAAAACUUUGAACAUUUUGUUGUAUCAAGACAACACAGCUUGUGUUGCCGAUUUCGGAUUGUCAGGGAUGGUCAAAGAGAACCAGGAAUUAUAUGGCGGUGUAGGUACACCACACUACACGGCUCCUGAAGUAUUAAUGCAUAUGAAAUACGGUCCGAAUGUUGAUACUUAUUCAUAUGGAGUUGUUUUAUGGGAAAUGUUGACGAAAAAACUUCCUUACGGUGAUAUGAACCAUAUGGCAAUUUACGAGCAUGUUGUGACAAGAGGCUGGAGAUUAACAAUACCUCAGGAUACUCCUGAACCUCUUAAAAAGCUUAUACAAAGAUGUUGGAGUAGAGAUCCAAAUGAAAGACCUGAUUUCAAUGAAAUAGAAAGAUUGUUUGAUCGUCAUGAGGUUUAUUUCCCUGGUUCUGAUCUAGAGAAAAUCAAACAACUAAAGAAUGAUUUCGUGGCCCCUCCAAUGAAUCUCGAAUACGCUUUGAAAGUCCUCAAAAACGCAAACAAUGAACAUUUUUCAAGUGUCGCGUAUUUUGUGGCAGAAAAUGCCGAUAAAACGGUUAUUUCUAAACUUCGUGAUGGAGAUGUAUUUAAUUCUAUCAUGACAGCGAAGAAUAACAUUGAUGCAGCUCUUCUUCUUGCGGGAACAUUGUUUACGACAAGUGAACUUUCAACGUUUAUGAGUCAUGGCGCGAAAACAAUGUUAAAAAAAUGUAUACAAAACCAACAAAUUAUUGCAGCUGUCAGAUUUUGUUUGAAGUUGCCUUUGAAUCUCCUUGAAGACCUCAAAAGUGUUUUCAUCCCACAGAUUGUUUCUUUCAUCAAAACUGGAUCUAAUCAUUUGAAAAAUUACAUUUUGCAGCUACUUUCUAAGAUAAAGAAUUUGGAUCCUUACUUGAAUGACAUUGCCCCUGUGAUCAUUGACAUGUACAAGACAGUUAAUGACCAACAAACAUUCGAUGCAAUAGAAAUUCUCUUAGAAAGAUGCAAAUUCGUAAUGAAAGUCGACCAAAUUCGGCCGUUUUACGAUUUGUUGACAUCAGGAUUUGUUGUUUCUUCUGAUUUCGUCAGAAUUCUUAUUGAAGCAAGUGAUGAAUCAUAUUACCAUUAUUUGGUUUUGAAUUGUUUGAAAGCACUUUCAAAAAGUGACACAACCGAUGUUUUCAUUCAAUUUUUGAUAAAAUUGGAUUUGAAAACUUUUGAAAAAAUGAAAGAAUUUGAUGAUUUCCUUCCAACAUUAGAUAAUUUGAUUUCCAAUUAUAGGAUAACAAAAUGUCCAUUAGUUGUUCUGUUUCAGAUAUCUCAGAUCCAUGAUUUUUGCUAUUUAUUAAGUGAUUCUCCUGUUCUUCAUUCUCUUCUACAAACAAUGAAAGGAAAUGAGAAACAGAUAUUGCAUAUUUUGACGUAUCUUUGUGCGGAUGAAAACUUUUGCCAAAAUACAAAAUACAUGGAUAAUAUUUUACAAAUUUUAGUUGAUUUGAUUUCGAGAAAAUAUUAUCUAAAUGAUGCUGUUAGAGUUAUCUGUGCUUUGUCACAACAUAAAGUUGGAUGCCAGAUAUUAACAGAUAAUGGUAUUUUGGACAUUUUCUCGCAGUUGUUUUUGGCUCCACAGUUUGGAGAUACUUCAAGAGCUUUGGCAAUUUUCAGAAAUUUGUCAGAAAACAAAACAACAAUUCCUCAAUUGUCAUUGAUUGUUUCAUGCCUCAUGCAGGAUCUAAAUGAUGCUCCUGAUGAUCAGAAACCAGAGAUCUUCCAAACAAUGAUUUCUUUGAUCAAUUUAAGACCGGAUUGCGUGCAAGAACAUGAUAUUCAAAAUGUGAUUUUGGAACAAACAUCUAUUUCUUCACCUCCUAUUAUGGUUUUACUUUCUUUGAGACUGUUAAAUACUUGUCAUUUGUCUGUUCUUCAGAACUCUUACCAAGUAAUAAUUAAUAAAGUAAGAGAGCUGUUGAAUAUCGAUGAAGUUUAUCCUGAAAUUGUUUUGGAAGCUUGCAAAUUGUUGAAAACAUUGUCAAUGAAUAUUGGCAUCAGUGAUUUCAUGGCUAAAAUACAGAUUGCAAGGUAUUUGUCAGAUAUCGAAGCUUUGGACACUGAAGGAGUUCUUUCUCCUGAAUUUAGAGAAUACCAGAAUUUCUUUUUAUCACCAAAGAAAAUUGGUUCAAUAAGAAACUAA